GCUAAAGAUAAAUCACCGGCGAUUGAGCCCCGAUGGGGGGUGACACCAAUAUGGAGCUCGGGUUUCCGGCGACGCCUCUUUCAGCAGUCCCGGGGAUUUGUCCGGAGAGAGGCGUCCAGCCGGCUCGUCAACCAAGCUUCGCGUUUGGGGAGGGCAAAUUCGGGACCCUAAAAUUGCCGCUUUUGGCCGUCGUUGUGCCAAUAAGCGCCUCUACCGAGCCGCAGGCUGCUCCUACGCAAAAACUUCAUCGAUGGCGCACCAUCAGUGGGUGUUGGUGCCGGCGUAGGAGCAGCCCCGAUGAAGUUUCGGCACGCCGCGGCGGCAAAAAAGGGCUGCCCAUUUUCAUCGGUCGAGCUUCAGGGAUGGGCCGUUUUUCAAAACGCAUGCGCAGCCCGAAAGAAGUUGUUUAGGAGCUACCCGAUGAGGUUCCGACCCGCGCUGCCCGCUCCUUUUCAGCUAUUCCAGCGCUGAUAGUCCGCCAGCGGCCGCGCGGUGCGUGCCGCGAACGACGUAAACGGGGCCAAAGCGGCCACGAGGAGGACGAACGCUUCAAAAUAGGUGGUCGAGGCCCACGCAUGGUACACGAACGAAGUCCUGCGACGCUCCAUCUGCCCAGCCGGCCCUCAAAUCGCUUCAAAAUGGCAUUUCGACCUCGUUUUGGCAUGUUUUUGCCCCACCACGACCCGAAAUCCCCCUAAGCGCCGGUAAAUUUUGUCUGAAUGUACCCCAUAGAACCCACAGAGAACUACCCCGGGACUGCUGAAGCAAGGCUCAUCGAGGUCUUGCGCUAGAACCGGUUUGGGGUUGGUGUCACCCCCCCAGGGCCCUGAGCCCCGAGCACCAGAGCUCGCGGGUUUCUACGUCGACAUAUACUACAUUCGAAUGCAAGACCGAGACGUGAACGCUAGUGCAAAUAGACCAGACCGAGACAAAUUCCAGGGGCACUCUGGCAUAGUGUCGUCGGCUGGGAAAGAGGAAGUAUUCGUUAAGUGGCUCAGUGAGAAUGGCGCUAAAUUCGUUGACCGAGCGUUGCUACGUUGCUACGAGAACGAUGUACGUGGAGUUCAUGCGGCGCGCGACCUCAAAGCAGAGGAAAUCAUUAUUGAAGUCCCCUUGAAAUGUCUUAUAACUGUAGAGAUGGGCAAAGCGACCGAUGUCGGUAGGGCUGUUCUCGAGGCUGGACUUGAGCUAGACGCACCCAAGCACAUUUUUUUGAUGCUCUUUCUCCUUCUCGAUCGCUGCAACUCGGACAGCUUCUUCCGACCGUACUAUGAUGUUCUCCCCGGGAGUCUGUCUAAUAUGCCUAUAUUUUGGAAACCAAAUGAGCUCACCUGGCUUGAGGGUUCGUAUUUGCUUGUGCAGAUAGAGGAACGUAAGUGUGCCAUACAGAACGAUUUUAAGGCCAUAGUUGACGCCUGGCCUGCCUUUAAGAGAAUCUGCACUCUGGACGAAUUUUCCUGGGCACGUAUGUGUGUUUGCUCACGCAAUUUUGGCAUCGUCAUCAAUGGAGUUCGCACAUCAGCAAUGGUUCCUUACGCUGACAUGCUCAACCACUUUCGGCCGCGCGAGACUAAGUGGACCUUUGACAACACACGAGGUGCUUUUACCAUAACAGCACUCCAGUCGAUUCCUUCUGGUGGGCAGAUCUAUGACUCCUAUGGUCAGAAGUGCAAUCACCGGUUUCUACUCAAUUAUGGCUUCGCCGUCGAAGAUAAUUACGAAUGUGACGGCUAUUGUCCAAAUGAAGUUGCGCUUCUUGUCCGUCUGGCACCAGAGGAUCCACUCACUGCGCGCAAACGGCUCAUCUGGAUUCGUGACGGUGCCGUGGGUGUCAAGCGAAUCCGUUUAUGUGCAAGUGAUAAUGAAAAUUUCCGCGCAUGCCUUUCGCUCCUCCGUGUUGUGGCAGCUGAUGAAGUUGAGCUUGACCGUAUUCUCAGCCAAAAUCCCUAUGGCACGUAUCGCACAGCAUCUGAUAUCCAUGUUCCUGUUUCAUUCAGGAAUGAAUGUGCCGCAUUAUCGCUCCUCAAGCAUACUUGCAAGUCAAUGCUUGAAGCGUAUCCACGUUCCCUCGCAGCUGAUAAGUCUGCAAUCUCCAGUAAUACCCUUUCUCCCUUCUCCAACGAGCGCCACGCGUGCAUUCAUGUCAAAUCUGAGAAACUUGUCCUCUGUCACUACAUCAAUUUUGCCAAGACUGCACUAAACCUCGCACGCUGCCAUGAUGGUGAAUUCGAGGCCACUGUUUCCAGGCUUUUUGACGAACCUGUUCAUCGUCACGUUGCUAGCUAUUGCAAUGGCAUAGUACGGCAAGUGCGUCAUGCUGUCCCCAAGCUUUUAUCUGUCGAGUCUGACAGGAGGCAGCACAAACUUAACCUAUCUACGCCCACAAUUGUGUAGUCUAGUCGACAGGCAAUUUCUCGUGUGCCCGCUCCUUCGUGAGCAGACUGACGUCCGAAAUUCCGCCAAGGGCAGA